AUGGAAGCAUUGGUUUAUACGUUCCUUUUAGUUUCGACUUUAGGGAUAAUUUUUUUCGCUAUCUUCUUCCGAGAACCACCUAAGGUUCCACCAACUCCAACUAAAAGAAUAAAAUAA